AUGAAUAACUGUACCCGUUUGUCUGAAAAUGGCUGGCCUUGGCACCUCCGGAGCCUUCCUCAACACCAAAAGCCCGCUGCACCGGAGACUGCAGGGCCGGUUGCUGGGAGCGUCCGCGCCAGGUGUGCUGGGCCCGCCGGCCCCAAAGACUCCCACCGAGAGGCUCCCGGCUGCCGGAGGAGAUCGGCCGAAGCGACGACGGCGCGGCGCAGGCGCCCUGAUCGCGUGCAGGCGGCCCAGCCGCCUCCCCGCUCUCGCCCCUCAAACAGGGAGGGACAAGGCCAGGGAAUGUCUGUGGAGGUGUUGGACGGGUUCGACUCCCAUCCUCUUCUGAGCCAGGCCCUUGAGGACUUUCAAGAGAAGGUGGCCUGCCCUGGCGCCUUGGGAUCCUUGAAGGCGUCAGUGGCAGAGGCUGCAAGGACCGCUUCAAAGGCAUUGUUCGACUUCACGGCAGCUUCUCUUGUUGAGGCAGGCAAGGGUGGUGAGGCCCCCCGUGGCAGCCUGCAUGUGAGUGGCUUUGAUGCUGAGCAGAUAUGGGCACAGAUCGAUGGCCUCAGCACUGAGUUGAGCAAGCGCACUCGAAGGCUCCUGCGCAAGGCAGGAGGGGAGCCAUCGUUCCUGGCCGAAGGGGUGGAGGAGGAUCUGGAUGAGUUGCUGGAUGGCAGGGAUGGGCGGGAGGCUGGAGAGGCUGUGCCGGCCAAUGGCACUCUGGAAGUCGUUGAAGAGUCGUCCAGGGGAGAAGGCACAGAUGAUGAGGACAAAGAAGAUGCAGGCAGCCUUGAGGCAGAUGAGACAGAUGAAGCAUCACAGGGGGGCAGCGAUGGGGCGGAGGCUGGGGAUGGCGCAUUGGCCAAAGGCAGGCUGGCUGUGGAGGACGAUUUCAUGAACCUCGACGACAUGGAGCGGUUUGUUCAGAACGCCGAAGCAGAGGCGAUGGGCCUGGAAGAUGGGGCGCAUCUCGAAGACGAUGAGGGUGAUGAUGCCGAAGGUGGUCCUGGCGACCCAGAUAGGAUGGGUGGGCCAUCUGGCGACGGAAUCGCCAGGGGCGAGCUGGGGCAGGAGGACGACCUGGACGGCCCCGAGAUCAGGCACGAUGAUUUUUUCGGUAGGGUGAAGAAGAGGCGCCGGGGUGGGGAGGGUGGGGAGGGUGGGGAGGGGGAGGUGGGAGGGGAUUUGGAAUGGGGGGACCCGGGGGAGGCGGAACUCGCGGCGGCGAAGGCCAGGGCCGCCAAGGGGAGGGCGUCCAGGUUCGACCUGGGGGGCCUGUCGCUGGCGGAGCAGAUCAGCAGGCUGGAGGAGGAGGCGCUGGCCGAGAAGCCAUGGCCGCUCAAGGGGGAGGUCACCGGGGCCGACCGGCCGCUGAACAGCGUCCUGGCUGCGGACCUGGAGUACGACACCACCAUGCGCCCCGCACCCCAGCCCACGGAGGCCAGCACCCAAUCGCUCGAGGAGUUGAUCAAGCGACGGAUCGCCAACCACGAAUUCGACGACGUUGUCCGGGUGGUGCCCCCGCCGGUGGAGGAGAAGAAGGUGCUGAUCGAGAUGGACGACGCCAAGGCCAAGCAGGGGCUGGGGGAGCUGUACGAGGCAGAUUACGUGCGGGCGUCCGGGCCGAUGGGCGCGCACGACAAGGACGAGGGCCUGCGGCAGGAGGCACGGCAGUUGCUUGCUGAUCUUUGCCUCCGCCUGGACGCCCUGACGCACUUCCACUUCACCCCUAAGCCCGUGGUUGAGCAGAUGGAAGUCAAAGUCGACGUGCCUGCGCUGGCCAUGGAGGAUGCGGUGCCGAUGGCCGUCAGCGAGGCUCAAUUGCGGGCUCCAGAGGAGAUCUACCGCAGCGGCGCCAAGGCCGGGGAGGUGAUGGGGGAUGGGGAGAUCGAAAGAGAUGACAGGAGGAGGAUGCGGAGGGCCAAGAAGCGGGCGUUCAAGAACAGGGAGAGGGCGAAGGCGGCGGAGAGGGCUUCAAGGGCCGCGUCGAAGGGCGGGGAGGCGCCCGUGGCGGGCGUGAAAUCGGCCAAGGGAAAGGAGGGAAAAUCGGUGAACGGAAAGGGGGAAAUAUCGGUGAAGGGAAAGGAGGCGGGUGGGGGGGGAUCCAAGUUGCGGUUUGGGUCGGGGGCGGUGUUCGCGAAGCUGCAGGCGGAGAGGGAGGGGAGGGGCGAGGGGGCGCGGAGGAGGAAGGGGGGCGAGGAGCUGAAGUCGGCGGCUGUCAAGCUUUGA